UCUCUCUCUCUCUCUCUCUCUCUCUCUCUCUCUCUCUCUCUCCCCCCUUUGCAUAUACAACCACAAUAUCUCCGGCUAUAUAAAUUGCAUCUUUGCUAUGCAAGAAAAUCCAAUAAACCCAUCUUCAUUGAUAACUCAAUACAACUCCACCACUUCUCUUCUCUAUCAAUCAAUCAAUCUCUAUUACAUAUACCCACAUAUAUAUAUAUAUACACCCAAAAGAAGAAGAUAGGAAGAUGUGCAAUAACAUUUCAAUACCAACUCCAUUGUACUUUGCUCUUCGCUGUCCAUCAAAGGGAAAAAAUGUUCGAGUUCACUGCUUCAAAAGCAGGAGGAGAAGAUUAACAAGAGAAGCAAGAGGGAAGGGAAUGGUUGGGGAGAGGAGAAGGGUGGAAAUAAAGAAUCUAAAGCUGUACAAGGAGAACCAGAGCAUCAUGAGAGCAAAUGAAAGGCUGAGGAAGAAAGCUCUUCUUCUCCACCAAGAGAACCAGGAGUUGUUAUUUCAGCUUCAAAACAAGUACUCUGUUCCUCAGACAGACUUUGCUCACACUCACAGUCACAGCAGCAUCUAACAAGAGCUAUUUCUUAAUUUAGAUUUAUACAUAAUUCAUUACUGCAAAGUAGAGAACUAUCAAGGAAUUAAGAAGCUUUACUUUCUUUGAUUA